AUGCCUUACCCGGAUAAUGAUUCUCUUGAAUCUUCAAACAAUCGUUUGAUUAAGGAGGAGCUAGAUUAUAACAUAGCUAAUCUACGUGAUGAGUUUCAUCAACUUCUAACUGCUCUAACAAAUGAGCAAAAAGGUGAUUAUGACGAUAUCAUCACAGUUGUUGAAAAUAACCGAGGUGGUGUGUUUUUUGUUUAUGGGCAUUGGCGGAACAGACAAAUUCUGCCGGUUAUUCCCAACGCAAGUAGACAAGACAUUGUUACUGCGUCGUUAAGUUCAUCUUACAUUUGGGAAAAAUGCAAAGUCCUAAGGUUAACUAAGAACAUGAGGUUAACUGUUGACAGUGAAUCUUCUGAAAUUGAACAGACAAAGGGUUUUUUCAAACUGGAUUUUGGACUUAGGCUAAGGCAAGGUGGUAGUGUCAAUGAUGGUGAGGCAGUUGUUGAUAUACCUCAUGAUUUUCUCAUUAUCGACUCAAUGGAUCCUGUAUCUGCAUUAUUCAAUUUGUUUAUCCUUCAAUUCUUGUAA